UUGGACCUUGCGCUUGCCGUAGUUGUCAGUUGUCUUCGGGCAAAUGAAAGAAGAUGCUUGUGUUUGUUUAGAGGAAUUUAAGCAUCUUCAAAUGUCUGUAAAUGGAGGGGGGAGCAGAGGAUUUUAUUUUAAUACAGUCUUGUCUUUGGCUCGGUCGUUGGCAGCUCAUCGGCAGGCACCGAUAGAAAAGGUCCAGAAGUUACAAUGCAUGUGCCCUGUGGAUUUCAGAGGAGUCUUCCAGCUGGAUGAAAGAAGGAGAGAUGCUGUCAUUGCACUUGGUAUUUUUCUAGUUGAAUCAAAUCUUCAGCACAAAGAUGCCAUUGUUCCCUACCUUCUUGGGCUGCUUAAAGGCCUUCCUAAAGUUCAGUGGAUUGAGGAAAGCUCCCAACGCAAAGGACAGGAGACUCUUCCUGUUGCGGAGAACUUCACCUUUUGUCUUGUAACACUACUGUCAGAUGUUGCACAAAGUGAUGAGACUUUACGAGGACAGAUCCUGGAAGCAGUCAUGGAAAUCAUGCAGGUGUUGCAAGAUAUCUGCAAGAAUCCUGAAGGUCAUGAUAAAGAAUACCUGUGUAGGUACACUGUACCGACCCUGCUUGGUGUGGCUCGUGCUUUUGGCCGGUACAGUAACACUGACGAGCCUUUAUUAUCCAAACUGUUUCCUCGACCUGUUGCUCCUUUGCUGUCUGCUGGGGAUGACAGUGAUGCUGCACAUCGGCGGUCCUUCAACGACUUCCGUUCAAUCCUUCCAAGCUCUUUGCUAACUGUGUGUCAGGGAGACACACUAAAGCGUAAAGGGUCCUCCUUGACCAGUGUGUCACAGCAGGCCAGUCCAGAGAGAACAGGUCUUACUCCCAGCUCACCAGCUGAUCCCUCUGCACAGUACUUUGAGGGCUCAUACCUCCCUGAUGGCAGUGCAGUGGACCCUGAUUACUACUUCUCCACCAUCAGCUCCAGUUUCUCUGUUUCCCCUCUUUUCACUGGAAGCAGUGCUGGGGAGUUUCAUGUCCCACUUGAUAUGCUUAGACAGCUCCUGCAUAUGGUGGAGCAGCUUGUUUCUGAAUCAUUUUUAAAAUCACUCGAUGACAUUUUGACAGAACUACUUGAGUUGAAUCCUGGUAUUCAUCUGUACUACAAAACGUUCAGUGAUCCUCUAUAUGUAGCCAUAUUUAAAAUGCUAAGAGACACCCUUUACAACUUAAAAGACCUUCAGACUGACUUUGUAAAGGAGAUUCAUGACUUUGUCCUGGAGCAGUUCAGCAGCAGCCAGUCUGAGCUGCAGAGGAUCCUACAUGAUGUUGAGUACCUGCAGAGUGAACUGAGCCCGCUCAAACUGCGCUGUCAGGCCAACGCUGCCUGUGUGGACCUCAUGGUGUGGGCAGUGACUGAGGAACAGGGAGCUGAAAACCUUUGCACCAAGCUGUCGGAAAAGUUGCAGUCGAAGACAUCCAGUAAAGUCAUCAUCGCUCACAUGCCCCUUCUUAUUUGCUGCUUACAGGGUUUGGGUCGUCUAUGUGAGCGUUUUCCUGUGGUUGCCCACUCUGUCACUAUGUCGCUGAGAGACUUCCUGGUGGUUCCCUCUCCUGUUUUGGUGAAGCUGUAUAAAUACCACAGCCAGUACUCUGCAGGUGGCGGUGAGAUAAAAAUCCAUGUGACAAAUGAACAUUCCCAGUCAACCCUCAGCACCCACCCAAGCAAGAAGAGCCAGCCCUCCAUGUAUGAACAGCUGCGGGACAUCUCUAUUGAUAACAUCUGCAGGUGCCUCAAGGCAGGACUGACAAUGGAUAAUGUCAUUGUAGAAGCUUUUCUUGCAAGUCUUUCUAACCGUCUCUACAUCUACCAGGAGAAUGAUAAGGAUGCCCACUUGAUCCCAGACCACACCAUCAGGGCUUUGGGUCAUAUUGCUGUGGCUUUACGGGACACUCCCAGAGUAAUGGAGCCCAUCCUUCAGAUCCUACAGCAGAAAUUCUGCCAACCUCCCUCCCAGCUUGAUGUUCUCAUCAUAGACCAGCUUGGCUGCAUGGUCAUCACAGGCAAUCAAUAUAUCUACCAGGAAGUGUGGAAUUUGUUCCAGCAGAUCAGUGUCAAGGCAAGCUCCAUGGUUUACUCCACUAAAGACUACAAGGACCAUGGAUAUAGACACUGUUCUCUGGCUGUGAUAAAUGCUCUGGGUAACAUAGCAGCAAAUCUCCAGGCUGAGCAUAUGGUGGACGAACUCCUGGUGAACCUGCUGGAACUUUUUGUUCAACUGGGCUUAGAGGGGAAGAGAGCUAGUGAGAGGGCUUCGGACAAAGGCCCAGCCCUCAAGGCAUCGAGCAGUGCUGGAAACCUUGGUGUCCUAAUUCCCGUCAUUGCAGUGCUGACUAAGAGGCUGCCACCAAUCAAAGAAGCAAAGCCAAGGCUGCAGAAGCUCUUUAGGGACUUCUGGCUCUACUCUGUGGUCAUGGGAUUUGCUGUGGAGGGCUCAGGUCUGUGGCCAGAAGAAUGGUAUGAAGGAGUUUGUGAAAUAGCGACCAAAUCACCGCUGCUCACAUUUCCCAGUGGAGAACCUUUACGCUCUGAGCUGCAGUACAACUCCGCACUGAAGAAUGACACAGUUACCCCAGCUGAGUUGAAUGACCUGCGUAGUACUAUCAUCAACCUGCUCGAUCCCCCUCCAGAGGUGGCUGCUCUCAUCAACAAACUGGACUUUGCCAUGUCCACAUAUCUGCUGUCUGUUUACAGAUUAGAAUACAUGAGGAUGCUGCACUCUCUGGACUCUGAUCGCUUUCAGGUCAUGUUUCGAUAUUUUGAAGACAGGGCAAUACAGAAGGAUAAGUCUGGUAUGAUGCAGUGUGUGAUUGCUGUUAGCGACAAGGUUUUCGAGGUCUUUCUACAAAUGAUGGCUGAGAAAGCAAAAACCAAAGCUCAUGAGGAGGAGCUAGAGCGCCAUGCUCAGUUUCUCUUGGUCAACUUCAACCACAUUCACAAGAGGAUCCGGAGAGUGGCUGACAAGUAUUUGUCUGGCCUUGCCGAAACUUUCCCUCACUUGUUAUGGAGUGGGCGUGUGCUGAAGACUAUGCUGGACAUCCUACAGACACUCUCCCUUUCGCUCAGUGCAGACAUUCACAAAGACCAACCAUAUUAUGACAUCCCAGAUACACCAUACAGGAUCACUGUCCCAGAUACGUAUGAAGCCAGAGAGAGCAUAGUGAAGGAUUUUGCAGCUCGCUGUGGAGAGAUCCUUAAAGAGGCAAUGAAAUGGGCCCCAUCUGUGACUAAAUCACAUCUACAGGAGUAUCUGAACAAACAUCAGAAUUGGGUGUCAGGUCUCUCUCAGCACACAGGCCUGGCCAUGGCUACUGAAAGCAUACUGCACUUUGCUGGUUACAACAGGCAAAGCACUACUCUGGGGUCCACUCAGCUGACAGAGAGACCUGCCUGCGUAAAGAAGGACUACUCUAACUUCAUGGCAUCCCUUAACCUCAGGAACAGAUAUGCUGGAGAGGUUUCGGGUAUGAUCCACUUUGCCCAGGCAGUUCGAGGGCAGUCAGAUCUGAGCCGACUGAUGAUCAAACAGAUGGGAGAGGCUCUGGACUCUGCACAACCUGAGGCAUUCACUGAGGCCAUGUUCAAACUGGCAGCGUUGCUCAUCAGUACUAAAGAUUGUGAUCCUCAGCUCCUGCACCACCUCUGCUGGUCUCCGCUCAAGAUGUUUACAGAGCAUGGCAUGGAAACAGCGAUUGCUUGCUGGGAAUGGCUGCUGGCGGCCCGUGCUGGAAUAGAAGUCCCGUUUAUGCGAGAGAUGGCGGGAGCUUGGCAGAUGACUGUGGAGUUGAAAAUGGGCUUGUUCUCAGAUGCUCAGGUUGAGGCUGAUCCUCUGGCUGCAUCAGAGGAAAGUCAGCCGAUUCCCUGCCCUCCAGAUGUCACCCCUCACCAUAUAUGGAUCGAGUUUCUUGUCCAGAGAUUUGAGAUCGCUAAGUACUCCAGUGCAGAUCAAGUGGAGAUUUUUGGCAGUUUGCUUCAACGCUCCCUCUCUCUCAAUGUCGGUGGGGCUCAAAGUAGUCUCAACCGCCAUGUAGCUGCCAUCGGACCACGCUUCAGGUUGUUGACUCUGGGUCUGGCUCUGCUUCACUCGGAUGUUUUGACCAACGCUACUGUAAGAAAUGUACUCCGGGAGAAGAUCUAUUCCACUGCUUUUGAUUACUUCAGCAUAUCUCCAAAGUUUCCGACCCAAGGUGACAAGCGGCUCCGUGAGGACAUCAGCAUUAUCAUUCGUUUCUACGCCAGCAUCCUGUCUGACAAGAAGUAUCUGGCAGCGUGUCACUUGGUUCCACCUGGUGAGCUUGGUACUACCCCUGCCCCGAGCACGCUCUCUGCCGGGAUAUUCGGAUCGCUUAUUGUGUCCAGCACUUCUCCAAUAUCUAUCUUAAACAAUCAGGAUCCAUCAUUAAACAGUCUGUCAGUGAUGAACGCUGCAGACCUCAGGAGCAAUAUUGACUCCAGCGCUCGCUCACAGCAGAGCGGCCAGGGAUGGAUUAAUACAUACCCGCUGUCCAGUGGCAUGUCCACUACAUCUAAAAAAUCAGGCACGUCUAAGAAGAGUAACAGAGGGACGCAGCUUCACAAGUACUACAUGAAACGCAGGACCCUGCUACUGGCCUUAUUGGCCAGUGAGAUUGAACGGUUAACAACGUGGUACAACCCCCUUUCCACUCAAGAGCUCACCAUUGCCACAGAGCAGUCAGUGGAGACCAGUAUCGCCAACUGGAGGUCCAAAUACAUCAGUCUGACUGAGAAACAGUGGAAGGACAAUGUCAACCUGGCCUGGAGUAUCGCACCUUACCUGGCUAUGCAGUUACCAACAAGGUUUAAGAAUGAGGCUAUUGUUGCUGAAGUGACCAGGUUGGUGAGACUGGACCCUGGUGCAGUCAGUGAUGUACCUGAAGCUGUCAAGUUCCUGGUGACUUGGCACACUAUUGAUGCAGACUCUCCUGAGCUGAGCCAUAUCUUGUGUUGGGCCCCUGCGGACCCUCCCACCGGCCUGUCCUACUUCAGCAGUAUGUACCCUCCUCAUCCUCUCACUGCUCAGUAUGGGGUGAAGGUGCUGCGCUCUUUUCCUCCUGAUGCUAUCCUGUUCUACAUUCCUCAGAUUGUGCAGGCUCUGCGGUAUGAUAAGAUGGGUUAUGUGAGAGAGUACAUCCUGUGGGCAGCCCAAAAGUCUCAGCUCCUUGCCCACCAGUUUAUCUGGAACAUGAAGACCAACAUUUUCAUGGAUGAGGAGGGACACCAAAAGGACCCUGACAUUGGCGAGCUACUGGAGCAGAUGGUUGAGGAGAUCACUGGGUCUCUGUCGGGUCCAGCUAAAGACUUUUACCAAAGAGAGUUUGACUUCUUCAACAAGAUCACCAACGUGUCUGCAAUUAUCAAGCCUGUUCCAAAGGGAGAGGAGAGAAAAAGGGCCUGUCUAAAAGCUCUGUCUGAUAUUAAAGUCCAGCCAGGCUGCUACCUACCUAGUAACCCUGAGGCCAUAGUGUUGGAUAUCGACUACAAGUCUGGAACACCCAUGCAGAGUGCUGCCAAAGCACCCUAUCUGGCCAAGUUCAAAGUGAAGCGCUGCGGUGUGAGUGAACUGGAGAGGGAAGGGCUCCGUUGCCCCUCUGACUCUCUGGAAGACGGCGAGGAGAAUCCAGACGGAUCACGCAGAGUUUGCUGGCAGGCCGCCAUCUUUAAAGUGGGAGAUGACUGUAGACAGGAUAUGCUCGCUCUGCAGAUCAUUGGACUUUUUAAGAAUAUCUUCCAGCUGGUUGGCCUGGAUCUUUUUGUCUUCCCAUAUAGAGUUGUUGCCACUGCACCAGGGUGUGGUGUGAUCGAGUGCAUUCCUGACUGUAAGUCUCGUGACCAGCUUGGCAGACAGACAGACUUUGGGAUGUACGAUUACUUCCGUAACCAGUACGGAGAUGAAUCCACUCUGGCUUUCCAAAAGGCUCGGUAUAACUUCAUCCGCAGUAUGGCCGCCUACAGCCUUCUGCUGUUCCUGCUGCAGAUCAAAGACAGACACAACGGCAACAUCAUGUUAGACAGCAAAGGCCACCUCAUCCACAUAGACUUUGGUUUCAUGUUUGAGAGCUCUCCUGGUGGUAACUUGGGCUGGGAGCCCGACAUCAAGCUCACAGACGAGAUGGUGAUGAUCAUGGGAGGGAAGAUGGAGGCCACACCUUUCAAAUGGUUCAUGGAGAUGUGUGUCAGAGGAUACCUGGCCGUACGACCCUACAUGGAUGCAGUGGUUUCCUUAGUGACACUAAUGCUGGACACCGGACUACCAUGCUUCAGAGGACAAACCAUUAAGCUCCUUAAAGGACGAUUUAAUCCCCAAAUGAGUGAGAAAGAAGCAGCAGCUUUCAUGAUCAAAGUCAUCCAGAGCUGUUUCCUCAGUAGCAGGAGCAAAACGUACGACAUGCUACAGUAUUAUCAGAACCAAAUUCCUUAUUGAAGCUCUUCUACUGCACACCCAGGACAGGCGACUCCACACAAGCAAUGCAAAGCUCCCUUUGGAUGAUUUGAAUGGAAGCAGUGGAUGUAACUGUAAACGUCUCAGUCAGCGGGGUUUAUCAGGAUGCUCCCUUGAGACAGAUGACGACGAGGCACUUUGACCCUUAUUGUUCAGUUUUAUUUAGCAUUCACUGUCAGAUUUUACACUGUGCAGCUCAGUUUGAACCUUUAUCUGUUGCGAAAGCAAGAAACAGUUACUUUCUCUAAAACAGGUAUUUGACUCACCCUUUAAGUAUUUUCUUCUUGAUACUGUUAUUUGUUACAAACACGUAUCCAGUGUCACACUAGGGGAAGACAAAGGGAGCCAUAUUUAUAGUGUCUGUUAAAGCAGGUGUUAUCAUCAUGGGUAUCAAUUUGUUUUAAUGCUGUUAUCCACUUUAAUGCACUUUAUAGAUCACAGUAUUUCAUCGGCUUUACCUGCCUUUAUCUAGUGUUUAAAUGGAGUCUGUGAUUUGAUGAACAGAUCAGUCGAAUUGCAAUAUUUUUGAUUUAAUACAUAAGGUAGUGUCAUGAAAUAGAUCAAAACUCACAGCAGGAUUCAAUCAGCAUUAAUCCAACAAUAGUCUGUAGAAUGUAGAGGUAUAUCAGUCAUAAUUAUGCUGUAGUAUUUGCUGUAGAAUCACAUCAAGAUCACCUAUUGAUCUAUGAUUUCCUUAGAAAUAAAGGCUGUACAUGAAUAACAUAUGUAUUAUAAGAUUUUAGGAACAUUUAUCUGUGCUACUUUGACGCUAAUUCUCAAAGCCAAUCAUGUCACACGUCACCCUGACAGCUUUUAGGUGAUAUAUACUGUAGGUUAACAGGGUGGAGUGGAGCUACAUCACAUCCUGCAUGUUUCUAAGUAGAGACAAAUAUUUUUUUGCCCUGUGUAGCUGUAGUCUUAAAUGUGUGCGAACCCUUUACUGAACUGUGCGUAUAAUCCUGUUUUAAACAUUCCUCUUUGUGCUCGGAGUAUUUGAGUUAAAUUGAACUUCGGUUUUGUUCGAUGAUCUCGCUGUUAAUGAUGCAGAUGAUUAAACCGAAUAAGCCAUUUCUCCUACCCUUGGUACACACACAGCUGUAGUAAUACUUGACAAAAAAACCCUAACCUUAUGCAAUAUAUUCAUGUAUUAUGAUACUGUAUUUGUGUGUAGCUGUGUUCAACGACUUGGAGUUGUUCUAACUUCCAUCCAUCCCCAUCUGUGUGUGUGUGUGUGUGUGUGUAUGUGUGUGUGUGUGUGUGUGUUUUUCCCGUUGCAGCUAUAACUUACUGUAUGUACUUUUUUUGGGAGUGAAGUACAGUAUUUAAACAUACAAAAUGCAGUAUAUUGUUUAAUGGCUUAUACAUAGAGACUUGAACUGGUUGUUGUUGCUCUGAUCGGUUUUUGACAAAGCCAUUUAAAUGUAUUUGUGCUGUUGUCACUUCUUUUACUGUACGUCCACAUUUUUCCACAUUGUCACUGUUACCAUACGAAAGUGUUGCUCAGUAUGUUUAAUAUGCGUUUGUUUUUGUGCGGUUUUUGCUCCGUUUAUCGCUGUUCAGAUGACAAUCACAUGUCACUCUGAUCAUGUUGUUUUCAGAUUAAAUGUCUGUGUUUGAGUGUCAGUGUCAGGCUAUGGAUAUAUUUGGCUGAUGUCUAACUUAAGCACAAUUUUCUAUGUUCUGACGGUUGUGAGGAUUUCAGGAGCAGUCCCUUCAUUGAUAUCAAAAAUCUAAGUACAUUGGGUCUUUUGUUGUUAUCUUGCUUGCAGAUUCUUGCCAAUUCGUAACCUGGAAAUGAAAUGAUAUCGAUCUUAGCCAUAUAGUGAUUUAAAAAUCGUUUGAUUUAUAUGAUUGUUCCAAUCCAAAGAAAUUUGUAUUUUAAUAUUAAUUCAUAGAUAACAACAUGUGUUAAAAAUUGUGCAUAUUAAACCGACAUAAUCUGCUCAUGAUUAACAAGAAUAAAGGGUGAAUUUCAACAUAUAUCCAUUUAA